AUGGCCGGCAUCACAAACAACAGCAUGAGAAAUGAUCUAAACUUGGAAUUUGGUGACAUCCCAAUUCCUGUAAGCCCGCACUAUCUCAUGAGGGGCAGAGGUCGGAUGAUAUCAGAACAGGACCUGCUAGACAUGAGCAAACGGAGCUCAUUUAGGCCUGAAGAGGACAUGUCACAAAUGCGCAGUGAAUUAGGAUCAGGCUUGCCCCUGGUGCCUUCGGCGCGGCCCGAACGCCGACAGUGGGGCUCCGAACUGCAGCUGACGCUGUCAUGCGCCAGCAUCGGCAUCGGCCUGGUCAGCGCCUGGCGGCUUCCCGCGCUACUCUACGACAACGGCGGAGGCUCGUUCCUGCUGGCAUACACCGUGCUGCUGUUACUGCUGGGCUACCCGCUGCUCUACCUCGAGUUGCUGCUGGGACAUUACGCCCGCCUCGGUCCGGGUGCACUCACGCGCUGCCUGCCCAUAGCGAAGGGGGUCGAGGUGAGCAUAGCGCUGGUGUGCGCAUGCGCCGCGGCCUCCAUGGGCUCGGUGAUGGCUCAGGCCGCGCUGCACCUGCUGCUCGCCUUCUCGGAGCUGCCUCCACGCUGGGCCGGCUGCCAGGGCUUCUGGGAGAAGAAGCCGCUCGAGACGUGCUUCCACCCUGGCUCCAGGAGGUUAUGUGCCCCUGGACAAGCCACAAAGGACUGCGUCAACGUCACCGAAAGCGUCAACGAGCACUUUUUCCACACGUCCCUUGGCAUGGUGAGGGGCAGCGACCAGCAGGCGGGCGUCCGUCCCGAGCUGAUCUGCUGCCUGGCCGCCGCCUGGACGAUCGCGUGGGCAGCUCUGCGCCGGCGCUCGUCGUCGUCCGCGCUGGUGCUGCCCAUCGCCAUGGUCGCGCUGCUGGCCGUGGGCACCGCGUGGCUCACCGGUGCCAGCCGCGGACUCAUGUACCUGUUCAUGCCGCGCCUCGCCGAGAUCGUGAAGCCGGCGUUGUGGGCUCGCGCAGCCGAGCAGGUGCUGCUGGUGUUGGGCCUGGCGCACGGACCGGCGCUGGCCAACGGAAGCUACUGCCGCGAGCUGCACGACGUGCACAAGCGAGUGGUUGGCCUGUGUAGCACUCUCGCGCACUAA